UUGUUCCCUGCAUUGCGUCCAUAGGCUUCGGAACCCCUGCGACCCUGAAUAGGACGACCGGUUACAGAAGAUGGAUGGAUAGAUGGAUGUUUUGGUCUUCCAAAUAUGCUCCAUUUCAGUGGAGCAUAUUUUCAUCAAUUAAGAGUGGGAUUUAAAAUACUUUUUCCACCCUGAAAACAAUACAAUUCCGCCACCGGGAACAAACAUUUCGUGUCUUGUUCCAGUCAGGACGGUAAAUAGGACCGUACUACUUCCGCUGGAAGUCGAUCGGCGAUUGAAAGCAGAUACUUACAUGCUGUUCCUCGAGACUGAACCAUCGGCACGAACGCCAUGUCAACUCAGCCCCCCGACCACCAUCCACUCUCGUCAUAUUUCGGCCAGGUGGUUAUAGGCCCCCCAGGCUCAGGAAAGACAACAUAUUGCUUGGGUAUGCAGGACUUUCUGGGGAAGCUGGGGCGAAAGGUGGUCGUGGUCAACCUGGACCCUGCCAACGAGGCGCUGCCCUACACCUGUGCCGUGGAUAUCUCGGAGCUGGUGACCCUCGAUGACGUCAUGGACGGCCUGAAGCUUGGACCCAAUGGCGGUCUCCUCUAUUGCAUGGAGUACUUGGAGGCCAACCUUGACUGGCUGGAAGACAAGAUCAGGCUCCACCGUGACUGCUAUUUCCUGUUCGAUUGCCCAGGCCAGGUGGAACUCUACACCCACCAAAGUUCUGUCAAAAACAUCUUUGCCCAGCUGGAGAAAUGGAACUUCAGGCUUACAGCUGUUCACCUGGUCGACUCGCAUUACUGCGCAGACCCGGCCAAGUUUAUCUCGGUGCUCUGCACGUCCCUGUCUACCAUGCUGCAUGUGGAGCUUCCCCACGUCAACGUGCUGUCCAAGAUGGACCUGAUUGAGCAGUACGGCAAGCUGGCCUUCAACCUGGACUUCUACACCGAGGUUCUGGAUCUCUCGUACCUGCUGGAGCACUUGGCUUCUGACCCUUUCUUUAAAAAGUUCCUUCGCCUGAACGAGAAGCUUGCCGAGGUCAUCCAGGAUUAUGGAUUGGUGUCAUUCGUACCGCUCAAUGUACAGGAUAAAAGCAGCAUGACGCAGGUGCUGAGGGCUGUUGAUAAGGCCAACGGCUACUGUUUCGGGGACAUUGAGGAAAGGAACCUGACAGCCAUGAUGUCCUCUGCCGUGGGAGCUGACUUCCACUUUGACCACACUCUGGGAGUCCAGGAAAAGUACAUAGAACCAGGCAAUAGGACAGUGGAGGAUGAGGUCAAGGGCCUGAAGGGUCCAAGUGGGGCAAGAGAGGAGCCCUGAUUCAGCUCCUGCCUGCAAGCUGGCCAGCAGACCAUGGUGAGAGUGUGGCCAUAAACGGGGGUCUGCAGAGAGCAGGCCUGCAACGGAGAGUAAUGCUCAGUUCCUCCACCUGCAGGGCUUUCUAAGCAGCUACAUGAAUUUCAGCUAUGGACAGAUAGUUAAAUCCCUGUGCGAAAGAACAAAAGGUCUAUACAUUUUAAUAGGGGUCAGCGUCCUGAAACGGCCUGACAUCAAGCUGCUGUUAUCAACACCCUUCUGAUGCACAAGAACUUUUGUAGUUUCGUUACUGCUGAUGGGAAGCAGCUCCUAAGGAGAUGUUAAAGCGGUGGUAGGUGUAACGGAUGUGAUCUGCAAGGGAGGGCAGCUAUGAGAUCUGAUCCCAGAUCACCUCCUUCAUGCAGAUUACAGGCUGCUGAGGUUUGUGUCGUUUUCUUACUGAAUUAGUGCUUGUACACAACACCCUAAGAUUCUACUACUGUAAAAAAAAAAAAAAAAAAAUGUGCUUAAUAUAUUUCACUUUUCUGUUCAUUUAUAGGCAUUUGGAAUGUUUGUUUCUUCUAAAUUGUCGUUUUACAACAAUGGAGAAUAAUUACUUAUUUUUUUUAAUGUAUAUUUCGACUGAACCAUCUUAAUGUUCAAAUGAAGAGUGUAUUAGAAGCCAGUUACAUGUGCAGUUACAUGUAAACAUAUUUGUUAUAAUGACACAUUAUUAUUGUCUUUUCAAACAUGUAUCUGUCUAAAAGUAUAAUCAGUUGGGCUGACAUCAAAA